GGCGGACUGACCAUUCGAGCACUCAGGCACUGCCUGAGGGCCCGGGGUCAGUAGGGGCCAUGAAAUGCCCCUGGCUUUUUUUUGGGUGUAUUUUGAGUGUGGGCAAGGACACAGGGGGCCCCAUGAUCCCCUAUUGCCCGGGGGCCCCAUAAGUUGUCAGUCCGCCACUGGGCCAGGGUCAUGUGGUUGCACUGCGACAAUCCUGCGGUCCAGGGGCGGACUGACCAUUUGGGCACUGCCCGAGGGCCUGGGGUCAGUAGGGGGCCCCAUGAGAUGCCCCUGGUACCUUUUUCAUAGACUUUUUUGAGUUAGGGCAAGGACACAGGGGCCCCAUGAUCCCCUAUAGCCCGGGGGCCCCAU